GAGGACAUCGUCACUUUCAUUGAGACUGCUAUCAGCUCUACUCGGGCGUCACUCUUUCACCUUCAUUUUACAUCGGACUUAUUGUAUUACUCAUUUGAUCGACACUUCAAUCGUCCACAGACAUGCAGCGAGCAGUCAUCGCCUGCGCGGCGCUGGCAGCAGUUGUCUCUGCUAGCCCUGCACCAGUUCCCCAACUCGAUGUUGCACAGCUUGCCGCUGCUACUCCAGCACCUUCAGGCCCGGACUCAGUAGCACAAGCAGAAGGCUCAGGCACUGCCACUCUCUACACCAGUGUAGCUGUCUCUGGAGUAGCCACAGCCCAAGCUACCGGCCAAGUCAACAAACGCGAAUACCAGGAUAACAGCUACACUCCCUACUACCCUGCUUUGGCGACACACUACACGACCGACCCAGCCUUGGCCGCCUCCAAGACCACUACAGCUGGCCAGCCUUGCGUCACACAGCCAGAAGCCGGUACAUACUGCGGCUUCAUCAAUCCACUUGACCCUUGCGCUCCUCAGCCGGAUGGAUACGGUCCUGUGCCAUCUCCAGAUACUCCAUCAGCGUUCCUUGCUUAUACUGCCCUCCACUCAGCUGCCAAUGCUGCUCCUACCACCAUUGCUUCGGCAAACAACACACAAUACAAGCAGGUCUUCAAGGACUUGAAUGCUUCUGUCCAAGGCAGCUCGUACCUUCGGCUCUACAGCUUGAAGAGCUAUGACGCUGCAAAGUGCGCUUUGAUUUGCGACCAGACAGAUCUUUGCACUGCUUUCAAUAUCUUUGCUGAACGCGACCCAUCUUUGAACCCUACCAACAAUGAUUCUACUUAUGAUCCUGGAUAUCCCACAGUAUGGGGACAGGACUGCCCUAACCCUCCUUCCAUGACUUCUUUCCGUUGCGCUCUCUUCGGUUCAAACAUUGACUCCUCGAUGGCCACCAACACCGGCCAGCCGCGUGAGCAGUUCCAGAUCGUCAUCACUGCUAGUAAUGGCUACGACAAGACCAAUGUGACUGUCCCACCAACUUGUACAGCUCCAAGCUCCGGCGGUCCAUCCUCAACUCCAAGCAGCUCUAGCAACAUCCCAUCUUCCACUCCAACCGGUCCUAGCGGCGGACCAUCUGGCCCUGGCAACAAUCCACCACCUCCACCAGGAAACGGCCCUGCUGGUCCCGGCAAAGGACCAGGCAAUGGCCCACUGCCUCCAGGAAACGGACCCGCCGGUCCUGGAAAGGGCCCUGGCAACAACGGUCCUCCUCCUCCACCACCAAAGAACGGCCCAUCACCACCCCCACCAAAGAACGGCCCCUCCCCACCACCAACCAACCAACCCCCACCAGGCUCAAACUGCUGGAACCCACCCGAGAACUGCCACAGCAAAGGCAUCAAUGCCCCCAAAUACCACAUGGGCGGAAAGUUCUUCCCCGGACCAUUCAACCCUCAAGUCUGCAGCAACUAUGCCCUUUUCCAGAAUGCGAUUAAUGCUCAGGCGGGGAAGAGUCAGUGUCAGAUGUUUAAUGCACAAUACAUCCACAAAAACGGCUGGCCAUUCGGAACGUACUGUUCCUUGUUCAGCACGUACUUGAAUGGUGAUAAAUAUGGUAGUAUCAGUACGACUUGGAGCGGGAAUGAUAAGUAUGAGUGCAAGCAGUCUUGGACUUACUCUUUCAAUGCGCGAUGGAACUGAAACAUUGACUGGAAUUUGACAGUAGAUUGAAGGAAAGUGAAAGUUAGGAGCAAGAAUGUACAACAGUCGUGUGUAGGGAUGAUACAGCCUCGAAAUACGCUGCUAUUUUUAGCGUCUUUACCAGCUUCUCCCACAAUGGGAUCUAGACUUUUGUACACGAAAGUUAGCGAAACUGCACUUUUGUUUCAA